UGACGGAUGCUAAAGAGACCAGCAAGGUGGAGGAGCAGGCCCGCCAGCCCGGGGUCUCCUAAAACCCCGAGUCCCACUAGAGAAAGAGGAGAAUCCAAGAAGGAAGCUAAAGGGUUGAAGACAGAGGCACCCCUGCCCGGCCCACGUGCUCGGCGCCUCGGAGCAUCCAAAGAGCAAAACAAACCGGCGUGGCCACGCCCAGCGCCGUCACGUGGCCGCGGGAGCGCCGGUUCCGGUGGAGGCGGCCGGUUCCGGUGGUCCCUCCGCUCCCGCGCCGCCUCCGUUCUCGGCGCGGUAACCAUGGCAGCAGACUGCCGGGGGGACGCUCCGGGGAACUGCGCGAGGAUAGCUGUUGGGGAGGGAGGUGAACCUGCCAAACCUUUUACGCCAGAGAAAGCAAAAGAAAUUAUAAUGUCUCUACAGCAGCCUGCAGUCUUCUGUAACAUGGUUUUUGAUUGGCCUGCACGACACUGGACAGUGACACACCUCUCUGAGGUCUUGCAGGGCAAGCAGAUACGAUUCAGAAUGGGCCGGAGAAGCACAGACACGGUUCCUCAGUAUGAAACCGCAUGUAGUUACGUGGAUGCUACACUUGAGGAGUUUCUGACCUGGAACUGUGACCAGCCUAGUGUCUCUGGACCAUUUAAAGAUUAUGAUCAUUCUAAAUUCUGGGCUUAUGCUGACUAUAAAUAUUUUGUCACUCUAUUUGAAGACAAGACAGAUGUUUUCCAGGAGGUGAUGUGGUCUGACUUUGGAUUUCCUGGAAGAAAUGGCCAGGAAAGUACACUGUGGAUCGGUUCCCUGGGAGCCCAUACUCCCUGCCAUCUGGACUCCUAUGGCUGCAACUUAGUAUUCCAGGUACAAGGAAGGAAAACAUGGCAUCUCUUUCCUCCUGAAGAUAUGCCUUUCCUUUACCCAACCAGAAUUCCUUACGAAGAGUCUAGUGUGUUCAGUAAAAUCAAUGUUGUCAACCCUGAUUUAAAGCGCUUCCCUCAGUUCCAGAAAGCCCGAAGACAUAUGGUCACGCUGAGCCCGGGACAGGUUCUGUUUGUUCCCAGACACUGGUGGCAUUACGUGGAGUCUGUUGAUCCUGUCACCGUCAGUAUAAACUCCUGGAUUGAGCUGGAAGAAGACCACCUCACCCGGGUGGAGGAGGCAAUCACCCGCAUGCUUGUGUGUGCACUGAAGAAUGCAGAGGACCCGAGUCACCCUGCAGCCUGGCUGAACCCCACUGAGGUGGAGGAAACAUCUCAUGAAGUCAAUUGCUGCUACCUAAAUGGUGCUGUUUGUGCUUUUUUUGAUCAUUGUGAAAGAGCCAAGGAAGUAGACGUGCAAGCACUGAGAGCAAACAGAGAGAGCAGAAGGAAGGAAGAACCCAGUGCUCAGGAGCCCAUGAAUGUGGAACAAGCACACAGGCACAGCUCUGCGGUGGGGACCCGGAGACAGGAGGCAGCGGGUCUGUUUAGCCCAAAUCUGGUCCCUGUGACACCAGCAUGUGAAGGGAAAGGAUGCACACUGGAAGGAGACAGUAUCGAGAGAGACGGAGAACACGUGGCAGAACUGCCCUGUGCCACGAGGCAGAAAACCAGUAAAAGGGCAAGUGCAGUGGCGGAGCAGGUGGCCUCAAAGCGUCCUGUGGCGCCUUCUCGAAUGUUUGUGUCCACGGAUGACUUGCUGGACUGUUUGCUGAAUCCACAAGUAACCAGGAUGGUGGCCCAGCUUUUGAUACAAGGAAAAAGCUUGUGAUCCUAAUAGAUUAUUUUUUAGUAACUUUUUAAAAUAUAUUUUUAGAAAUAAUGCGA